CAGCAAGCAGUGGUCAGUGGCUUUGAAACCAAAAACAAGAGAUGGAUGCCUUGAAGCUAUGGAGCCUAUCUUCGCAACCACUCAAGCACCUCUUCCGCUGUACCUCUUCCACCACCACCACCACUCUUAGACGACCCUAUUCUAAUUCUUAUUCUUCUUCUUCAUAUUCUAGAGUGGUCCUCCGCUGUUGCUCUUCCACCACCACUACCACCACCACUACCAACGCCGGCGGCAGAAACCGGCGGGUAUCGACAUCAUCCUCCACAUCCGAUAGAGAUGCUGUUCGAGCCAUUCGCUUAAAGAAGGUAGAAGAACUGAGGAGCAAAGGUUUGGAGCCAUAUGCUUAUGGGUGGGAAAGGACUCACACUGCUAAUCAGCUGCAAGAUAUAUACAAGCAUUUAGCGGAUGGUGAAGAGUCAAAGAGUGAAAAGGAUGCUGUAUCUGUGGCAGGAAGAAUUGUGGCUCGCAGAGCGUUUGGAAAGCUUGCAUUUUUGACAUUAAGGGACGACUCAGGAACAAUUCAGCUUUACUGUGAAAAGGAACGGCUUGCAAAUGAUCAAUUUGACCAGUUAAAGGCACUUGUUGAUAUUGGUGAUAUAGUUGGUGUUAGUGGAUCCAUCAAGCGGACAGAGAAAGGGGAGCUUUCUGUCUAUGUGGAUUCUUUUGCAAUUCUUACAAAAUCUCUACUCCCGCUGCCAGACAAAUAUCAUGGCCUAACAGAUGUGGACAAACGAUACCGUCAACGGUAUGUAGAUAUGAUUGCAAAUCCUGAGGUAGCUGAUGUAUUCCGCAAAAGAGCAAAGAUUGUAUCAGAGAUACGAAGGGCAGUGGAAUCUUUUGGUUUCAUUGAAGUUGAAACUCCAGUUCUACAGGGAGCAGCUGGUGGAGCGGAAGCUAGGCCAUUUGUUACAUACCAUAAUUCACUUGGAAGGGACCUGUAUUUGAGAAUAGCGACUGAGCUCCACCUAAAGAGAAUGCUGGUUGGGGGGUUUGAAAAAGUGUAUGAGAUUGGUCGAAUUUUCAGGAAUGAAGGCAUUUCAACUCGUCAUAACCCUGAAUUUACCACUAUAGAGAUGUAUGAAGCAUAUUCGGACUAUGAAAGCAUGAUUAACAUGGCAGAGGAAAUUGUUACACGAUGUGCGCUUGCAGUUCAUGGGAAUCUUACCAUUGAUUACCAGGGGGUGGAGAUACAUCUUGAGCGGCCUUGGAGGAGGGAAACCAUGCACAAUCUUGUAAAAGAAUCCACUGGGAUUGAUUUUGAUGAGAUGGGCAAUGAUCUUAAAGUUGCUAAAGAAGUUACUCUGGAAAAUCUUGGAGGUGAUCUUGAUUACAAAGACAAAUCUUCCCUUGAAGUAUGCACAUCUAUUGGCCACCUUCUUAAUGAGGUUUUUGAAAUUGUUGUAGAACCAAAGCUUCUGCAACCUACAUUUGUUUUAGACUAUCCUAUUGAGAUAUCUCCUCUGGCCAAGCCACACCGAAGAAUUGCAGGGUUGACUGAGAGAUUUGAGCUUUUUAUCUGUGGUCGUGAGCUGGCCAAUGCUUUCUCUGAAUUGACCGAUCCUACGGAUCAGAGAGGACGCUUGGAAGAGCAAGUGAGGCAGCACAAUGAGAAGAGAGCAGCAGCUAUUUCAAAAACAGAGAGUGCAGAAGAUAAAGGAAAGUUAAAUGAUGAGUCUUAUGAAGUGACUCUUGAUGAUGAUUUCCUUACAGCUCUGGAAUAUGGGAUGCCUCCAGCUUCUGGAAUGGCUAGUCAUGCUUUUAACAAACUCGGCCAGUAUCAGAGAUGUAAUUGCGUUCCCGGUGCUUAAAGUUCAGCAAUAAGGAGACCGGCAAGAGGCUUUAGGAGCAGUUAUAUAGAGGCCGAGCUGGAACCCGCCUUAUUUAUUUACUUACUUAUCAUUUUCACUGAUGUCCAAUUUAGUGGGCAACGAUACCUCGGCUAACCACUUGGACCAGCUACCUGGCAUAAUUUUGUGGCUUCCCCAUUUUUCAUUUCCUGGUUGCCCUUUUGUAUACUCUUUUGGCCAUGUCCUGUUUUAACUCAUCAACCAAGGCCCCUUGAUCCAUUUGGUGGGCCUCGUCAAAAUGAUGUUAGCUGUUGAAAAAAUGACUGAUAACAGAACAUUGUUGUUACAAUGAUAUAAGGAGAGUUGAGAUCAUCAA